AUGGCCGUCCUCGGUCUCUCGAUACUGAUAGUUACGUUUUCGUUCUUUUGCUAUAGACAUCCGCCUUCGACGUGGUCUUUUGUGGACUGGUUCCGGGAGAGGAGCGGGGGGAGUGUGAGGACUAUUGGUGAUGCGCGGAUUGGGAGGGGAGAUGCGCUGGGUGCUGGGAGGGAGGAUGAAGGUUUAGGAGGUGAUGGGGUGGAUGGGAAGGGUGUAGAGGGUGUGAAGGUGGAUAUUGGGGGGAUUAGGGAGAAAGGGGAAGAUGGGGAUAAGAGGGCGCCGCCGACGAUGAUAAUACACGAUGCGCCGAGUAUAACGACGUCUACACACGAUGAGAAAGUUCAGGAACCACAGAUCACGACAGAAAGGAAAGGAGAUGAAGAUAGGAAAGCAAUGCCACCACCACCACCACCAACUUCCACAACGAGUUCCCCUCCCACCCCACGAGCUCGCUCCCAUACACCUCAAGAACAGGAUUCGAUACCCUCUUUCACACUAGGCGACGCGAACGAAGACGAAGACGAAGAAGAAGAAGAAGAUCUCAUGCCGCCACCUCAAUUCCCAGCCCUCAACUCGGCGCAGAGAGCUGGUGGUAGUGCAACGAUGACAAAAUCCAUACCAAGACUCUCGCCCAUGGCGCCUCCGCCUCCUCGAGGGACAUCAUCUCUGAUGGCACCCCCUCAACGCGGUGGACCGUUGCCGAAUAGAAACCCCCUCUCUUCAAAGAGCGCAUUUACAAACUCGUCUUCGAAUGCUAGCUCAGGAAUAGCAUCAGGCCUCACACCACCCCCCACCCACACGAUCCCACCCCCCAAGCCCCGAAAAAAAGUCCUCCUAGCACCCGGCCGCUCCCCCCUCGACUGGGCAACCCUCACCUCCUCGCCAACCGCAAACCUCACCGGUUUACCACCGGGGAUGCCGUACCUCAAAGUCCCGCCUUCCCUUUUAAAAGUCAUGAAUGGGAGGAAAGGCAAGGACGCAUGGACGGUACUGGGGGGACGG